GCGCUGCACGCGAUCCGACUUGCCACGUGGACGUCAAGAAGAUGGACACGUUUUCGGUCCGACUUGCCACGUGGCCGCAGGAGAGCGAUCCUCUUCGACGAGUGCGCACUGAGGUCUUCGUCGUCGAACAGAAUGUGGCGCCUGACGAAGAAUGGGAUGGGGUCGAUGAGAGGUGCGUGCACGUGCUGGCCUGCGAUGGUCUCGACCGUCCGAUCGGGACAGGCCGUCUGUUGCCGGACGGCAAGAUCGGCCGCAUGGCCGUGGUGAAGUCAUGGCGGGGUCGGGGCGUCGGGAGCGGGAUCUUGCAGCUGCUGAUGAACGAGGCGCGGACACGUGGCCACAAGGAAGUCGAGGUCGCGGCGCAGACGCAAGCCAUUCCCUUCUACGAGAAAUUCGGUUUCAUUGCUUACGGGGAGGAAUUUCUCGACGCGAACAUGCCGCAUUGCUGGAUGAGCGCGGAUCUCGAUCCCGACCGGGUCGUCGAGACGGAAAAGAAGAAAAAAGCCCACGUGGCUUCGGCGAUGGCGGAAGUCGGGACGGAAGCUGUCAUUACCUCUUAACAGAUCCUACCUUGUCCCUUCCCAGUAUAUAUGUAUUCCUCUUCUCUCUCUCUGCCUACGGUUUUACCGGGCAGU